AUGAAAAAUCCCUGCGUGACAGAGGGAUGGGAGCAAGGGACCAGCAUUGGGAAUCCAGCUGUAUCCUCCACGUGGCAGCAUUGCACAUUAACCACUAGGUUACUGAUAAAGCUCCUCAUAAUCUCCUUUCUGUUCUCAGGUGGCUCAGUGCACUGGGAACGGAAAGAGAAGCCCUUGGCAGAACAAUUCCCCUCCUUCAACUCCCGUGCUGCCUCUGCUGAGAUUGAGAUGACCUGCUAUGUGAUACUGGCGCUGCUCCAGAGACCCUCCCUGACUCAAGAGGAGUUAUCAUACGUAGCUCAGAUUGUGCAGUGGGUCGCUAAACAGCAGAAUCCAUAUGGAGGCUUCUCCUCCACACAGGACACUGUUGUCGCUCUCCAAGCACUAGCCCAAUAUGGGUAUCUCACCUUCUCAAAGGAUGGUAAAAACACCAUUGAGAUCAGCUCCAAGGAACUUCUGAAGAAGGUUUUCCAGGUGGAUAACAGGAACCGCUUACUGCUGCAGCAAGUGUCCCUGCCCAGUCUCCCAGGGAAUUACAGCGUGGAAGUAAAAGGCAAUGGCUGUGUCUAUCUGCAGACAACCCUGAGAUACAACAUCUACCUUCCUCAAAAGGCCUCUGGGUUCUCUCUCUCCGUGGAGACAGUGAAUGGCUCAUGUGUAGGCAGCUUCCUGCCAAAGUUUGACCUUGUCCUCUCAGCCAGUUAUGCUGGGAAGCGGAGUACCUCCAACAUGGCCAUUAUUGAUGUCAAGAUGCUCUCGGGCUUCGUCCCUGUCAGAUCGUCCCUGCAGAAGCUUCAGGAUGAUCGUAAGGUGAUGCAGGUGGAUACCAAGCACAACCAUGUCUUCUUCUACUUGGCAAAUGUAACUCGGGAGGAAAUCAGUUUCUCUUUCUCGGUUGAGCAAAACCUUCCUGUGUCUGAUAUCAAACCUGCUUCAGUGCACUUCUAUGACUAUUAUGAAACAGACGAGUACGCUCUUGCUGAAUACAAUACACCCUGCAGUCAGGCUUCAAGUGAAAACCUGCUAGGAGUCAGGAGAAGGAGAAAUGACAGCUGUGAAAAUGGGAUUUUAGAUCCUCACUGCCCUGAGUGAUUGAGUUUGGAUAGGGC